UGUUCGUCGUCGCGGUUUGUAGUAGUGAGUGGGUAUGCUAAAUUGAUUUUUUUUGUGGUUUCCUCGAACGGUUUUAACGAAAGUGUCUCGAUUGCCGAGAAUUUCUCGUCGUUGUACACGAAACGUCUAUACAACCGUCGUUACGCGCGCGAUGUCGUACCGCUGUUCGUCUACGUUUAACGAUCACACGUCGUUAUCCAGCAGUGAUUGACGCGCGAUCCACCAUCCUGACGGGGCCGUCUUAUCAUUGAUCCAUUGGAUUUUAUACUACUUCGACGACAGAUACUCGCGGGAGUCGAAGCUCGUCUGUAGUGCUGCGAGCCAUCGUCAACGUCGAUACGCGACUAGCAGGACUGUCCUCCAUCGUUAUGCCACUUAUAUGAACUUUAAAUGCCAUGGGUGAAGGCAACCAGAGGUACAUAGUGCAAGUGUUUGUGGGUGCUUUAUCACAAUGCUAUGAAGCACUUAGUGUGGAGGCUAGCAAACAAACUUCAUCUGAUGAAAUUGUUAGCUGUAUAGUGGAACGACUUUCUUUAUCGGGGGGUUGUGGAACUACUUGCAAUAGUGCAUUUGAGCUAGCUGAAGUGGUUGGUGAUGCUCUUGGACGAGAAUGUAAAGAACGCAGACUUGGUCCUACAGAAUGCCCUGUUGCUGUUAUGCUUUUAUGGCCCCAACCUCGUAGGCACACUCAACAAGAAGAAUAUUAUAGAUUUUAUUUGAGAGAAAAAUUAUCAGACAGUCUAUGGGCUGAUGGUUUCACUAUGGAUCCUCAACUUAUACGAGACUACUUCUAUAGAUUUCUUUAUCAACCACAAGAUCGAGAAUAUCCAGAUCUUUGUCAACUUCCUGAUCUCAAUGAACAUACACUUUUAGACAAUCUAAGAGCUAGAUUUUUGGCUGGUCAUAUAUAUACAUACGUUGGUUCUAUUUUAAUUGCAGUUAAUCCUUUUAAGUUUCAUCCCAUUUAUAACCCAAAAUAUGUAAAACUAUAUCAAAACCGAAGACUUGGUCCAGAGCUACCUCCUCAUAUAUUUGCCAUUGCUGAUGCUGCAUACCAUUGUAUGCUAAGGGAAAGACGUAAUCAAUGCAUUGUGAUUAGUGGAGAAAGUGGUAGUGGUAAAACAGAAUCUACAAAUUUUCUUUUACACCAUCUUACUGCUUUGAGUCAGAAAGGUAGUCAUGGUAGUGGUGUAGAACAAACUAUACUAAGUGCUGGCCCAGUAUUAGAAGCUUUUGGAAAUGCUAAAACAGCACAUAAUAAUAAUUCAAGUAGAUUUGGUAAAUUUAUACAAGUUAACUAUAAAGAAAAUGGAAUGGUACAUGGUGCUGUUGUUCAAAAAUAUCUUUUAGAAAAAUCUAGAAUUUGUUCCCAGGGACAAAAUGAACGUAAUUAUCAUGUAUUUUAUUAUCUAUUAAAUGGAGCUAGUGAUUCCGAAAAAGAAGCAUUACAUUUACACCGAGUAGACUAUUAUAAUUAUUUAAAUGGCAGUGGAUGCUACACUUUAGGAAAUUUAGAUGAAAAAUAUGAAUUUUCUAGAUUAAAGCAAUCUAUGGAAAUGGUAGGUUUCACACCUGAAAAGCAACGGCGAUUAUUUGCAGUUCUUUCAGCAGUUUUACUAUUGGGUAAUGUUGAUUUUCAACCUCGGAAGUCGGCUUACCAUCAUGACGAAGCGGUUGCUGUACGUAACCCUGAAAUAGUGUUUUUAAUAUCACAACUCCUUAGAGUAAAACAGGAAACAUUGUUAGCUGCUUUAACCGCUAAACGUGCUAAAGCAUCCGGAGAAACAUUAGUGAUUAACUAUAAGUUACCCGAGGCUAUAGCAGCUAGAGAUGCAAUGGCAAAAUGCCUUUAUGGCGCUUUAUUUGAUUGGAUUGUAUUACAAGUAAACCAUGCUUUACUUUCAAAAAAAGAUACUUUAAGAGAUCAUCAAGGAAAUUCAAUUGGAGUUUUGGAUAUAUUUGGAUUCGAAGACUUUGGUACUUCGAAUAGUUUUGAGCAAUUUUGCAUAAACUAUGCUAAUGAACAUCUUCAAUAUUAUUUCAAUCAACAUGUGUUUAAAUAUGAACAAGAAGAAUACCGUAAAGAAGGAAUUAAAUGGAGUGAUAUAGACUUUUUAGAUAAUACUGGAUGUUUACAAAUGAUUGAAGGCAAACCUAAUGGAUUAUUAUGUGUUUUGGACGAUCAAUGCAAUUUUCCUGGUUCAUCUUCUGAAACAUUAUUACAAAAAUUUAACUCUGUUCACAAGGAUAAUAAAUUCUAUGAAAUGCCUCAACGUAAAGAAAAUGCUUUCAUCGUGAGACAUUAUGCAGGACGUGUUAAAUAUCAAGUUUUUGAAAUGAGAGAAAAAAAUUUGGAUCUUAUGCGACAAGACAUUGUAGGAGUGUUAAAAAAUAGUAGCAUGGCAUUUGUCCGAGAACUUGUUGGUGCAGAUCCAGUUGCGGUGUUCCGCUGGGCAAUUGUAAGAGCAUUUUUUAGAGGUUAUUUUUCGUUUCAAGAAGCUGGCCGUAGGCAUCGACAAAGCAGAGUUGACGGUGUAAAAGCUUCAAGUAUUUCCUUACGUUUCAGAAAUAGUAUGCAAAACGACAGUUUAAUCAGUCAUCUAGUUACAAUGUCAUCGGUAAACCUCACCAUUAAUCGCAUAGUGUACACUCCAAAAUUUCCCAUAAAUUCCACACCAUAUGGAGGUGGAUAUGUACUUAAUGUGGGUAAAAAAUUGGCAUCUGCCCCAAACAAUGAACAUAAUAUAUAUAAAAAUCAUUCAGCUUUCAAUAAAUUUACAAACUUAGAAACUAUUAAUUCUAAUAAAAUUAUUAAUAAAGAAGACAUAAAAAUUCGUGCCAAUAAAUCUACAGACGAAGAUAAAGUCAUUGAACGAGCUACACAAAUUGUUAUGAAAAAUAAAUCUUUCAGACCUAAAGACCGUGGUAACAAAGGAUUAAAAAAUCUUCAAAGUGUAAAAACACUUGCAGGAAGAAUACAAGUUCAAGGUUCAAUUAGCAGUAAAGCCCGUAAACAACCUCUUACUGUAACUGCCCAGUUUCAAAUGUCUUUAAAUAGCCUUAUGGAUACUUUGAAUCAAGCGAAUCCAUUUUUUAUUCGAUGUAUUAAAAGUAAUAGUAAUAAAGUUGCAAAUAUGUUUGAUCAUGAUACUGUUCAAAGACAAUUGCGUUAUACAGGAAUGUUAGAAACUGUAAGAAUUCGUCAAGCUGGAUAUAAUGUUCGACUUAGUUAUGAAGAAUUUGUUCAACUUUAUCGAAUAUUACUACCUAAAGGACUUAAUAGUAACUCUCAAGAUGUUCAAAAUUUCUUACAAACAUUAAAUUUAGAUCGAGAUAAUUAUCAGAUUGGUGAAUCAAAGGUAUUUUUACGGGAGUGUGAAAAAUUAAAACUAGACUAUAGACUUCACCAACAAAUAAUGGCAAGCAUUGUAACUAUACAACGUUGGUUUCGUACAUUAUUACAACGAAGACAAUAUCUCAGAAUUACAUGGGCUACAGAAACAUUACAAUCUUGGUGGAGAAUGAUAUUAGCUCAAAGGCUAGUUAAUAAAAUGAGAAUGGACGAAUCGGCUGCUGUUUAUAUACAAUCUGUAUGGCGUAAACAUAGAGUAGCAAGUUGGUAUAAGAAUUUACGAAGAAGUGUUAUUACUUUACAAGCCCAUUCUCGAGGUUAUUUAGCUCGACAAAAAUUUUCAAAAAUAAAAAAUACGAGGAAAAGUGUUUCAGCUCCUCAAAUUAGCAAUUCUAAAGAUUCUAGUCAAGAAGAACUGCAUGAUUCUGAAAGUAGUGGAGGAGCAAAAGGUGACAGUGAAUCAGAAGCUGACCCAUUUAUACAACCCAAAAUGAUCAAUAAUAUUAAAGAAGAACAAUUUAAAGCUCCAAAAAGGAAAGUUUCAUCUCGUCUGAGAAUAGAAUCCCACCCAACUGAUGUUCAUAAAGAACGUAUUCACAAGACUGAUGGUCCAACUCAUGAAGGAACAGCAUUUAGCGAUAGUGAAUUAGAUGAUACUCAUAUGAAACCACCAGUUGUUUGGAAACGGAGAGAACGAACCAUUGAUUCCAAUAAACGCACUUUACUGACCAGAACUCCUCAUGUUACCUCUGAGCCAAAUCCACCAGUCCGUUUAUUUAAUCGACUUCGUGUAUCCAAUACCGAACCAGCACCAGAUAGCAAUUCUAUAAUAAAUGAAAAAGAAUUAAAAAGAAGAAACAGUGAUGGCUCAACUACACAUUCAGGAAAAUCAGAUGAACCAAAAUUAACGUAUUCACCAUCUUUUGAACUUCUUGAAUGGAAAGGCACUACCAUGUUUACAAUAGCUGGCCAUCGAUUUAGGAAAUUGGGACGAUUUACUCCUCAAGAUAAAUGCACUUAUUGUAAUAAAUUGAUGGACGCCUUUUUAACUCAAGGACAUAAGUGCUCAGAUUGUAAAAAGUUAUUUCAUACAAAAUGUAUCCAAAAUGGUGGUGUACUACAAAUGCCAUGUAUACAACAAAAUGGAAGUAAUCGGCCAACCAACAGAAGAAAACCUAGGAAACCGGCACCUUCAGGCAACAAAGCUCAUAUUACACCGAACAUAGCAAAUAACCAAAAUACUACAAUAGGAAAAUUCAGUUUAACUGGUACAUCAGAAUUCACAGACCGCACUGACAAGAUUAUAUCUGAUGUGCGUGAACUUAAAAUGAUGCAAGAUUUUAUAACUAAAAAGCUGUACAAAAUCGAACGUGAAGAAGUUAAAAAACCAUCGCAAGUUGAUAGAAUAUUUAAACAGGCAUUACGUGAAUUUAAGGAAAAUCUUAUAGCAACUUAUAGUGUUGCUAAUAAACAAGGAAACGGUCAAGUACUCAAUAUUAAAUAUAAAGAUUUAAUUGCUAACUUCUUACAUGUAAUAGAAACAGUAUGUGGAAACGAGAAAAUCCAAGAUGAUUUUCCAGUAACUCUUUGUGUUAAUGCAUUUCGUGGUUUUAUGAAUGAAUUUAUGAGUCAAAAUCGAGUUGAUACAGAAAAGCCUAGUAAAACUAAACGUAAAAAAGAGAAGAAGCAGAAGUCUGAAGACCAUAUUAAUCAUGGUGGACAUAUGUUACAAAUGAGUAUGAUCAAUAUUCCUACAGCUUGUGAAGUUUGCACUUCAUUCUUUUUGUGGCCAAUUGAAAGAAGUUUGGUGUGUCGAAAUUGUAAAUUAACAUGCCAUAAGAAAUGUUAUACUCGUGCAAAUCAAGAAUGUUUAAAAGACAUGAAUUCUUCUACUGCUAACAUGCAGUCAAAGGGGGUUUGUGUUGUUAAAGGCAAAGUUUUUGGACGUCCUUUAGGUGAAUUGGAUUUAAGCAUGGGUAAAGUUCCAGCUGUUGUUGAAUGUCUUAUAACUAUUAUUGAAAUGUAUGGAAUGUACACAGAAGGAAUUUACCGUAAACCUGGGCUUACAACACGUGUAAAUGAACUUAAAGAACUCAUUGACAAUAAUGACGUAAGCAAAAUUGAAUUUGAAAAAUAUCAGGUUCAUGUACUCGCCAGUGUAUUGAAGUCAUUUUUACGUGACAUGCCAGAACCAUUAUUAACAUUUGAUUGUUAUGAUGAUUUUAUUCGUGCUGCUAGUCUAUCAGAAGAUCGUGUCUCCACAUUGUUUAACAUAUUGAAAAAACUACCAAAAGUCAACUAUGAUCUAAUGGAAAGACUUGUUUUUCAUCUUGCUAGGGUUGCAUUGCACGAAAACGUGAACCGCAUGAAUGCUAGUUCAUUAGCAAUAGUAUUUGCGCCAUGUGUACUAAGAACAAAUAAAUUAGUUCCUGCACAAGAGUCACUUAGAGAUAUUGAACAACAAACACUUUGCAUCAGUUCUAUAAUUAGUCACCAAAUGGAUAAAAUAAAAUCAACAUUGGCUGAUAUUGAUACAUUAGAUACUGCACAUCAUACUGCCACUCAUCGGUUGUCUUCUUUGCGUAUUUCAAAAGUGUAUGGACCAACUGAAGGACCCAGUAAAAUGGAUGAAGAAGAAAAAAUGCUGGUUGGACAAAUUCAAGAAAUCAAGAAAGAGAAAGACUUUUUGACCUCUAAUUUGCCAAGUUUACGACGUACAAAUUCAGAUGAUGACCUUUUAUCAACUGAUGAUGGAAGUUUAGAUGAUGUUGACACUAAUACACUUGGUAGUAAUCGCAAAGCUAAACUUAAAAAUACUACAAAAAAAUCCAAACGUUCGAACAAUAAUACAUUGGAUAGCGAUGAGGAUCCAAUUAUGGUUUGAACCUUUGAACAUAGUAAAUUUAUUUAACUUCAUAAUGUAUUUUGCUUUGUAUUUUUUAAACAUAAAUGGUUAUGCGUGUAUUUUAUUAUUUAAGACUUGAUAAAAAUACUUAAGUUAUCCCAAAGGCUGUUACUUUUGUAUAACUUGUUGUUUUAUAUUAUACUUUUGUGCAUUGUAUGUUGGUUAGUUGGUGCUAUAUCAUUGUUAUUUUAUUUUUUUAAUUACUAUUAUUAAUUUUUUUAGUAGCCUUGUAAAAAAAGAAAAACGUUUGUUUUCACGUAAAGACUGUACUUCGAUCAGAGUUGUGGUUAUUUUGUACUUCUAUUCUUUAUUAAUACUUCUUUAGAAUUUCAUUUAUAAUGUUUAAUGACACAAAUUAAUUUUAUAUCAAACGAGUGAGUUUAUUAUUUUUAAUUGCCAACUUCUUGUUAAUUUUUAUUAUUUUAAUUUUUUAUAUUUUUUAUGUAC